AUGUUAUCCUGGAGCGGCGGUGUUAUGUUGCUGGCGCCGCUGCUUCUGUGCCUCCUCGUGCUCGGCGCGGCCGGCGUCGACGAGUCCGGUAUAGAUAAACCGGCAGCACCAUCACCACCACCACCACCAGCAGCAGCAGCAGAGACGAAGUCCGAGCGGGGCGCAUUGUUGCAUAUUCGAUCGUCGCAGAUUAUUGAGGGAAUCGAGGCGGGCAGCACACCGUCGAUAUUAUGCAAACUCAACGUGCCGGGUCAGGUCUGGUGGAGCACCGACGGCAGGAAUCUCACUACCAUCAAGGAUUUCGAGUACGGCGGACGACUCGACAUAAAGAAGGCCAGCAGAAAUGACACGGGCGACUACAAGUGCUCCGCGCAGACUGCCGACGGUGAAUUCCUCGAGAAAAACAUUCAUAUCAGAGUGAUAGAACCCGGCAAGAUAGCAUCCGGCGGGAACGUGAGGGCGAAGGUAUCGGAAGCGGCCAACUUGACGUGCCACAUACACGGUUAUCCGCUUUCCCAGUUUAUCUGGUUGAAAGGGAACGAUUCGGAAAGCAGCGAGCAUCUGAAGGACCUCACCGUCGUCGCGCAGAUAAACGAGACUUACGCCAUUCUGGUCCUGGAAUUCAAGAGUCUGACGCGAAAGGACAACGGCACGUAUGUGUGCCUGGCGAACGAUUACAACGGGAUAGUGAGCGCCUCGACGCACUUAUUCGUCACCGAUGUGCCGAAAGUCAGCAUAGAUUUCAUGAAGGCGGUCGGAGCUAACAGUAUAUUUCUAAAUUGGACCGUCAAUGACGGUAACGAGCCGAUCAAGAACUACUUCGUCCAGCACAUGAAGAACGGCACGGAUCAACGCCAGUACUACGCCGAGCAGAUUGGCGGCGGUAAUUCGAGUUACGUUCUCAAGGGAUUUGAGAGCGGCACCGCGUACCAAAUCGGUAUCAGCGCUAUGAAUGCGCUAGGCACGUCACACAUGCAAUUAGAUCCACGAUGGAUUACCACACUUGAGAAAGAUCCGAUAUUUGUGCCGAAAGUGUCCGUGAAAGGCGUGACAGAGAAUUCGAUCACGAUAGGCUGGACCGUGCCGCCGCCGGAUUUGAAAGAACACGUGCACUAUUAUAAUCUGAUGGCCACUCACGCCGAUCAGAAGAGAGAAGCGGUGUCCGCCCAGCCGUUUCCCCAGCCCAUUGUGUACGCGUUCGUGGAUCUCGAUCCGGCGACCACGUACAAAUUCAAGAUAGCCGCCUGCAGCGAAUACACGAAACAAUGCGGCAAUUGGAGUGUCGAAGUAAACGGCACUACUCUGGAUGGUGUGGCCAGUCCUCCGAAGAAUCUCGUCGUUAUUUGCCGCUACGACAAUAUAAGCAGCUUCAGCUUCAUGUCCAUCACGUGGAAACCCCCGGAGAAGCCAAACGGUAUUAUACAGCGCUACAAUAUACAAUUGAACGGCGUGGCGAGAUUCAAGAACGACAUGGGACGUCUGGAUGUGCAUAGUUUCGAACCGCCCAGCUGGAGUGUUUAUAACAGGAACAGCACGCACUACAAUAAGAUACCUCCCAAUACAAAUUAUACGGUUCGGGUGCACGGAGUGACGAGGUCUCGCGCUUCUGGCAAGGACGCCAUAGGGAACUGCACGACGCCGGUCGCGAUACCGGAUCGCGAGAACAUGAACAUGCGCAGCUGGCGGAAGAUCGAGAGCCAGGGUAGGCAGCUGUUCAAGCUCUAUCUACCGCGCAUCUCCGAGCGGAACGGCCCGAUCUGCUGCUACCGCGUCUACCUGGUGAAGCUACCGCCGCACAAGAUGGUCGGCGAUCUGCCGCCACCGGAGGAGAUCGCGGUGUACUCCUAUCAAUACGUGCACAACUCGCCUACCGGUGGUGCUUACAUCGCCGAGACGUUCAACAGCGAUCAGUUGUUGACCGAGAUCUUCCUCGGCGACGGCGAGUCGUCUAAUGAUCGUGUUAUGUGCGAAAAGUGCGUCGGUCUGCGACCCAAACCGGCGCCGCCGUUGUUACACUUUGUCCCGGAAAUCCCGUCGACCACCGUCGCAACUUCGAGCAGUAACACGAGUAGUACCGUUACCAGCACGACGGUAACUACAUCGACUAUGCCGAUGACAACGGUGAGUGGCGGCAACGGUAACAGUACGACCACCAGCCCGUUUACUACAUCAACGACGACCGUUGCCAACACCGUGAAAAUCGACACGACCACGGCCGUGCCUGUGAUUGUUAAUGCCACGGAAAAAGCGGAGAGGCGGAAGAGGGAAGACGCGCCGUUGCAAAAGGCAUCCGUAGACGAAUCUGGAGAACUCAGUAUGUUGUCAUCUUAUGACGGUUUUCUUGACGAAACGUCGAACUACACUGGUUUCAUCGAAGUUAUCGUGUUUGAUAACGAAAAGAAUCAGCAUCUACCGGCUUACAGCAGUUACUUCCAUCCUCUUUACGGCGGAGUGGAUCCUCUCAGCGUGACGGCCGCGGAAGCGACUACUAUCAGAGAAAUGAUAAUACAGCUCUUCAUCGCCCUGAUUUUAACUCUUACAAUUCUGUUUAUCGCGCUCUGCGUGUUAUAUAGAUUUACGAAACGUGCGCAAGAGAGGGAGGAAGUUAUAACGCUGCGUAAUAGUUUUAGACAUCUCUGCAGGAGUUUGAGAGGCAGGCAUCAGCUCGUGGCAGCGAGUCCACCGGACAUGCCGCCCGUACCCAAGGGCGAGUUGUUGCAGGCGUACUUGGAACGCCAUCGGGACUCGGAUUACGGUUUCCAGCACGAGUUUGAGCUGCUACCCGAUCGAUUCACGGACAGAACAACGCGCGCGUCCGAAGCGCAGGAGAAUCUCUACAAGAAUCGCUAUCCGGACAUCAAGUGUUACGAUCAGACGAGAGUACGUUUGGCACAGAUGGACGGUAUCUGCGGCUCCGAUUACAUCAACGCCAACUUCGUGCUGGGCUACAAGGAGCGCAAGAAGUUCAUCUGCGCCCAGGGUCCGAUGGAGAACACCGUGUGCGACUACUGGCGCAUGAUCUGGGAGCAGCACCUCGAGCUAAUCCUCAUGCUGACGAAUCUCGAGGAGUACUCGAAGACCAAGUGCGCCAAAUACUGGCCGGACAAGCGGGAGACGAAGAACUUCGGCGACAUCACGGUGGAGCACGUCAAGGAGCGCGCCUUCUCGGACUACGUGGUGCGCGAGUUGAAGAUGACGCGGCUGGGUGAGCGGGACUCGCGCGCGAUCGUGCAGUAUCACUUCCUCGUGUGGAAGGACUUCGUCGCCCCCGAGCAUCCGCAUGCGAUUCUACGUUUCAUCAAGCGCGUCAACGAGGCGUACUCGCUCGAGAAGGGCCCGAUCCUGGUGCACUGCAGCGCCGGUGUGGGCCGCACCGGCACCCUCGUGGCACUCGACUCGCUGCUGCAGCAGCUGGCCGAGGAGAGCCAGGUGUCCAUCUUCAACACCGUAUGCGAUCUGCGGCAUCAGCGCAACUUCCUCGUGCAAUCGCUCAAGCAAUACAUCUUCAUCUAUCGCGCGCUCAUGGAGAUGGCGCAAUACGGCGACACGGAGAUCCCGGCACCGCAGCUCAAGACCACGGCCGCCAAGCUGAGACAGCGGGACAACGGGAAGGAGAAGUGCAGGAUGGAGGAAGAGUAUGAUAAAAUCAGUUCCGUAUUGGAAGAUAGGAAAUCCUUCUCUGUUGGCGGCGGAGAUGAAAAUAGAUCAAAGAAUAGAAGCGAACUGGUGAUACCGUAUGAUAGAAAUCGCGUGAUACUCACGCCAGUUCCGGGAAGGGAACAUUCGACGUACAUAAACGCAUCGUUCAUCGAGGGCUAUGAUAAUUCCGAGUCUUUUGUCAUUACGCAAGAUCCACUGGACACCACCAUAACGGAUUUCUGGCGAAUGAUCUCGGAACAAUGCAUCUCUACGAUAGUUAUGUUAUCUGACUCGAACGAAGGCCCACGGAAAUGUCCACGCUAUUGGCCGGACGAUGAGACCGAUUACGAUCAUAUAAGAGUCCGUUAUAUCCAUAGCGAGAGUUGUCCGUACUACACGCGUCGCGAGUUUUGCGUUUUGAAUACGAAGACUGACGAGACCGGGGUCGUGAAGCAGUAUCAGUAUCACGGCUGGCCAACGGUGGAGGGUGAAGUACCUGAGGUGACGCGCGGUCUCAUCGAGCUAGUGGAUCAGACGCUGACGAACGACUCCGAGACGAGCGGUUCGCUGGUCGUGCACUGCAGCUACGGAUCAGAUCGGAGUUCCAUGUUCGUGGCGCUUAGCAUACUGGUCCAACAGUUACGCACUGAGAAACGCGUAGAUAUUUUCACAACGACGAAAAAGUUGCGCUCUCAACGACACGGCAUGAUCAGCACCUUCGCGCAAUAUGAGUUUCUUCAUCGUGCCAUCGUGAAUUACUCGGAUCUUCACAAUUUGGCCGAUGACGAAGCGGCGUCAUAAUACUUGAAGACUAGCCAGAGUGAGACUAGCUUGUUCUAAAUCAUUUGGGCGGACAUGUGCGUGAGAAAGUUCCGUGACGGUGUCCGUGGAUCCACUAACGUUCAAAACAAGCGUGCAUCGCCCUAACCAAAGAUGAAUAAACAUCGACAAAGGAUCAUUGAUGUCAUCGUCAUCAUUACUAUCAUCAUCGUCAUCAUCUCGACAAGCGGAUCGCAACACACAGCGCGGAUCUAGAGACUACUUGUACAUAAUAUCUCUGCAAAUUUUACAUGUGCUGACUAUAAGUUAAGUGCGGAAGAGGAGCAUUAAACUGAGAGAUUAACUAGAUAUCGGACUCACCGUGGUAUUAAGUGGCUCCUCGACGUCGUUGGUGAGAGAGCCGCAGAGUGCAGUGCGUGACGGCGUCACGAAACUCGUUACAGAUGCUUAUUUUUAUCGGGUAAUCUUUAACGAUUUAGCCAGAGAGCGAUAAUGUAUCCACAGUGUGACAAAGUUUUUUGAUACCGAAAUCCGACGUUGAGCAGAUAGGGAUGCUCUUCGGUCGGUAUCCUCCAUGGUGGCUGUACAGCGAAGGAUUGAGACGCGCAGGAAGGGACGGAUGUAACUUGUAUAGGUAUGAACAAUUCAUUCUUCUGCCAAGUAUAUGAGACGCGGUCUGUAACUCUGAACCGCAUCGCUCUUGCAAUUGAAGCUAUAGAUAACUCGAGGAAAACUCGACAUCAUGAUUAUUCGCACAAUUCGUGAACCGAUCGCGGAAACUUCUCCGGUGGUUCUCGUUAACAUGUAUUAUCCCGGCGUUUGCAAAAUGAAGACGUGCUAAUAGGCGAUUAUCUUCAUUUGCGAAAGGACCUUCGGAAGGAGGCGUUUUCUGCAACGACGCGAGACAUCGCUACUUCGCGAUCUGUAAUGAUAAUAGCGAUUGUGCGCGCGUUGUGCGUAUAUAUUUAUACGUUCUUCAACAAUGUAUGCGUUCUUACGAUGUAUAUCACUAAGGUACUAUAAGAUAUAGGUAUUCCUAUCCGUCAUCUUGGUUCCAAUCGGUUAAAUAGUUACUUUCCAUUUUCACAUAAAUGAUACUGAAUCUAAAGUUAUGUGAGUAUUUUUAUACUCAGAUAAUGAUGUUAUUACUUGUUUACUUUGAUAGAAAGUUAUUGAGCGUAAAAGUAUACGUUUAUACCUUACUUUUAAUGUGAGUUAAUAGACUCGGUAAAGCAUACGAUUUCGAGCUUUAUGCAGAUUAUAAGUAAAAACUCAGUUGAAUCUUACUUAUUAGAAUAAAAAGGAACGUACAUUCAACUGAGUUAUAACGUUACAAAUGAGAAUUAUCUGAGUUUUGG